CCCCUUUCUGCCCGGGCCCUCCCCCUGAGUCUAACUACGCCUCUUCCGCGUUCCCGACAGAGACCUGCAGGAGGGGGUGCGCGCGGCCGCUCCCGUGGUGGUCAGCUAAGAUUUCCAUGCUGGAUGCAAUGAAGCAGAGGCAGGUGGCAAACUGAAGGUCAUUGACUGGGCAGAGGCCAGUGGAUAGCUCCCUGUGUCUGGAAGACAGCCACCUUGGGGAUUCUUCCAGGACUUCACGAGCCUCACUGCUGAGUCGAAGAACUUUGUGGGUCAGAUUGGUGCAGUUUGUGAUUGACGGUACUCAGCCGAAGCUACUGUGACUUACAGAAGAGGCAGCGGUGCUUAGAGGACAACAGGAACCCAGGGAAUGAUCAAGGCCAGAGAAAAUCAGUGCCCUAGUGGAGCUUCUCUUGAAGACAGAGGCAGACAUACCAGCCACUAGUUCUACACAGUGCUGCCCCAUUUGUCUCAUGCCUGACUUCCAGAGUGAUUGAUUGCACACACUGUAACUCAUCUGGAGUUACUGGGGAGCUGCAAGGGAUAUGGGCAGCAGUGAGCCCCUUCCCAUCGUGGAUAGUGACAAGAGGAGGAAGAAGAAGCGCAAGACCCGGGCCACUGACUCUCUGCCAGGAAAGUUUGAAGAUGUGUACAAGCUGACCUCUGAGUUGCUGGGAGAGGGAGCCUAUGCCAAAGUCCAGGGUGCCGUGAGCCUACAGACUGGCAAAGAAUACGCUGUCAAAAUCAUUGAAAAGCAAGCAGGGCACAGUCGGAGUCGAGUAUUCCGUGAAGUGGAGACGUUGUAUCAGUGUCAAGGAAACAAGAACAUUUUGGAGCUGAUUGAAUUCUUUGAAGAUGACACACGGUUUUACUUGGUCUUUGAGAAAUUGCAAGGAGGCUCCAUCCUGGCGCACAUCCAGAAGCGGAAGCACUUCAAUGAGCUAGAAGCCAGCAGAGUGGUGCGGGACGUUGCCACUGCCCUUGACUUCCUGCAUAGUAAAGGCAUUGCUCACCGUGAUCUGAAGCCAGAAAAUAUACUGUGUGAAUCUCCAGAAAAGGUGUCUCCGGUGAAAAUUUGUGACUUUGAUUUGGGCAGUGGGGUGAAACUGAACAACUCCUGCACACCCAUAACCACACCAGAGCUGACCACUCCAUGUGGCUCUGCAGAGUAUAUGGCACCUGAGGUGGUGGAGGUCUUUAGGGACGAGGCCACUUUCUAUGACAAGCGCUGUGACCUGUGGAGCCUGGGUGUGGUCCUCUACAUCAUGCUGAGUGGCUACCCCCCCUUUGUAGGUCAUUGUGGGGCUGACUGUGGCUGGGACCGGGGAGAGGUGUGCAGGGUGUGCCAGAACAAGCUGUUUGAGAGCAUCCAGGAAGGCAAAUAUGAGUUUCCUGACAAGGACUGGGCUCAUAUCUCCAGUGAGGCCAAAGACCUCAUCUCUAAACUCCUGGUUCGAGAUGCGAAGCAAAGACUCAGCGCUGCCCAAGUUCUGCAGCACCCGUGGGUACAAGGGCAAGCUCCAGAAAGGGGACUCCCCACGCCGCAAGUCCUCCAGAGAAAUGGCAGCACCAUGGACCUGACGCUCUUCGCAGCUGAGGCCAUUGCCCUUAACCGACAGCUGUCUCAGCAUGAGGAGAACGAACUGGCUGAGGAACCUGAGGCCCUUGCUGAGGGCCUCUGCUCCAUGAAGCUGUCCCCUCCUUUCAAAUCUCGCCUGGCACGAAGGCGAGCCCUGGCCCAGGCUGGACGAAGCGGAGAUGCAAACCCAUGUUCUACACCCAUGGGGCUCUGAACCAUUGCAGGCACAUCUUGUAGGCAUGUCCAGACGAUGCCCCUGGAAACCUGUGAGGUCAACAUAUGAAGCAGGCAGAGAGGGAUCUAAGCUGCAGCUCCCAGAGAGCCUUUUCUGUCCACAAAGGCUCCGCGGGUUCCCACCCAUCCCCCAUUUCCCUUGGGUCCUCAGAGGAGAAGCCUUUUCCAGAGGGGUUGUCUUUGAAAAGGAAAGCACUCGCUCGUCACUUUGCAUAAUCGCCUGCAGCACCAGCGUCUCGUCACUUCGCUGGGCUCCAAGUGCUCCCGGUGUGCAGAUCCUGGAUCCAGCUCGAGGUGGGGGCUGCUGGGGCUGCAGCCUUCAGGGAGCCAGCUUCCAGGAGCUGACAGAGGCUGCCGACACACAGGCCUCUUCCGGCACUGUCACCUUCUGGCCGUCCUACAGGCGUCCUCUCCCUGGCUGAGCGAAGCCUGUCCCCUCAAUUCAGGAAGGGCAGGGAGCCAGAUCAGUCUUCCAGUCUGUAGCACAGAGAAGCACAUAAUCUUUCUUUGCUGUGACCGAAAUGUAUUCCUCAUUUAUCAUCCUCUUCCACGUUUGGGAUUGCUGCUAGAGUCAGUGUUAUUUCUCUUUUUUAAAAAUAUGUUUGCUAUUUUAACCAUGUUCUUUUAGCAGUCAUAGAACUCCAAACUCCCACUACAAGCCCAUGGACUUCCCCAAGCAGGAUAUCCAUGUGUUUGGGUUUUAACCCCCUCUUCCCACAGUCCCAGCAGAUUUGAAGCUGUUACUAUGACGAACACUUUAGAGACGGUGUCUUCGUCUGCUGAUGCCUUCUCCCAGGUCUUUUCUGGCAAUGGGCACAAACCCACAGCAGUUAGACUGCUGCAUCUGAGAUGAAGCGAGGUCACAGGCAGCCUUGCUGCCCUACUCUGAGGAUUGCUGUUCCCACUUCCUCAGACACAGAGGUGCAGCCAUUGUCAGAUAUGCUGUGGAGUCACAUAAAACAGAUUUGCAUAUGUGACACACACAGUCAACCACAGUCACCAAAAUUUUUAUAACUUGUGCUUGUUUUAAUAAAUAAUUUAAAAUUCCA